AAAAGUGGCUAUGUUACCACCAGACCACUUUAAUUUAUAUGUAUUCUUCUAUAUUGUAAAUAUAUAUAGUAUUUCAACAUUAAUUUUUUAAUAAAAUUGACAUUUUAGGGACUUGAACUCGGAUUGACCACAUUAAAAGUAUGGUAUGUAACUACUAAACCACUACAAUUUAUACAUAAAGUAUUUUAUUUAGUAAAUAUGUAUAUGAUUUACAUAAUAAAUGGGUAUCCGAAACCGACUCGGAACCGGUGGUAUCCGAUCCGAAACCCGAACCGAAAUCUACCAAAUACCUAUUGGGUAGAUAAUUUAUUUAUCCGAAAAAUCCAGAUUCGAAUGGAUCUUAUCCGAACCUGAUCCGAAUAUCCGAAGCCCCAGGCCUAAGGAUCCUGUCUAUAAACUCUAUUUAGUUAUACCUAAUCUAAUUUUAGUUUCUUAUACUUUUUGAACGACUAGCUAUCAUUUAUCCUUGUAUGUAUAAAACUAUGAUUAAAUGGAGACCAUAGAGCUAAAUAGUCCUCCGUGUCCAUCUACUAAACAAUCAUAUUAGCAUAUCUCUAGAAGUUUCAACUCUGGUAUGAUAAUUAUAUAUGUUUAAUCUAAACUAGUCACCAACUAAAAUUAAAUACUAACUGAUUUUUUUCUAACAACUAAGAAAUUAGUCAUUAAUAAUGAUGUUAUGAAUGUCACAUUAAACUUGAAUAUUUUAUUUAUAUAGAUACAACAAAUACGAGUACCUUUAAUUUUCUGAAAAUAUAUGAGGCUUUGUAGUAACGUCCAACCAAGCAUAUUAUAAAGGAAUAGUAAAUAAUAAAUAUACAGACAAUAGAUUCGUGUAUGAGGUUGAUGAAUUCAUUUUUCACACGUUGGAGUGUUAUUGUCAACCAAUGGAACUAUUGAAGCUAAGAGAGACAAGCGUUGUGUCGUUUGCGUGAACUUGUAUUGUCUAUUUUCAUUCGUAUACUUCUUCAUUAAUUAGUGUGUUUGAAUUUGGACUUCUUAAUCUUAAAUUCUUAAUACUUGUGGACCCGUAAACGCCACAUGAAUUUGUAUGAGCCAUUCAAUUCGUAAACCAGUUACAUACACAUAUGUUUUUCACCAUCGGAAUAUGUUUUAUGAAUCUGAAUCUGGAUUAACCAUCGUAUGAAUUUUGUAAUAUCAUCAUAUGGUAAAUCAACUAAAUGGAAAAUUAACUAAUCUUCACCGACUAUACACAUAUAUGGUGACCAAAACGCUAGGUCCUUUCAUUUUUUCUCAAGGAUAAUGCCAUAUACCUAAUUAUUGAAAACCAUUUUGAUUAGUAAUGAUGUGUCUACCCACAAGAAGACGAAAAACAUGGAAUACUUAUAUGAUAUUAUAUGUUAAUUAUAUUCGACAUAAUUAGUUGGGAAUAUGAUACCCCAACCAUGCAGAGUUUUAUAUAAUCAAUUAUUAUUUUUAUACAUCAAAUCUUAUUUGUAGUUUUUUCUUAUUUGAUGAUUAAGUCCUUUUAGCUUGAUUCCAAAGUUCUUAAAACCACUACUAAUGAGUUUGUUAGUUGUCGAUUCUGAUAUCUACUAAACUAAUCGUUUUCUUAUUUGUCUUCUUCUCUACUCUAUCCUUUAUAUUUUCCUUAGUUAAAAGAAAAUGCACAUCAAUCCAACGUUGAAUUGAAUUACAUAAUAGGGUCCCAUUAAAUAAAAAUCAGAGUUAAUAUUAGGAUAUACCAUUACAGUAUAAACUAGGUAGUGGCUCAAUAUGUUCAAACUAUGUUUUUAAACUGAAAUCUUAAACCUAAAUUCGUACUAAUCUCGAACCAAAUGCUUUUCAGAAAAAAAGUAAAAAAUAAACUUUGCUAUCUCCCAGUGAAGUAAUGACAUGAGGAUAUAUAAAACUGUAAUUUUAAAAACAAAAGAAUAUAUAUGUGAUCAUCUGAUUUUGAAUUUUUGUUUUGCUUCUAUUAAUAUGAACACAAAAAAAAACAUGAUCUUAACCAAUAUAUAUAUAUAGGACAAAACAAUGGACUCCCAAAGCAAUGGAAACAAAAUUAAUAGUGACCAUUCACUUACUACAUAUAUAAAUAAUAAUUUUAGUAUUUUACAAGAAUUUCUUGGACCAACCACAUCAUCUUUCUCUCUAUAACUCUCCAAAGAGAGUCGCCCAUACAUCCAUUUACGAAUGUCUUUUAUCACAACUUGACAUAAAAACUUAUUUUGCCUUCUCUCAUCUUCAUUCACAAGUCAGGAGAAGAAACAAAUCAGAAAAUUGAGUCAAAAGCUCAAAACUCUAAAAGAAAGAGUGAAGAGAAAAAACAAAUCGUGGAUCGUUUGAGCAAACAAGACAAAUUUUGAAGGUGUUACUUUCUGAUCUCCUCUUUUUCUCAAACAUACCUCAAAGAUGCCUCGGGUGUUACUUGAGCCGCAAGCAAACGCACCGGCCGACGCAAACCCUAAAGCCAGAACAGGCUUUAACGACACCUACUUCGACACUAACAUGGUCAUUAUCUUAGCUGCUCUACUCUGUGCUCUGAUAUGUGCUCUAAGCCUCAACUCUGCUUUGCGAUGUGUGCUACGCAUCACAAGCAGAUUCACACCGGAGCAAGACGCAGCCGCUUCAAACGCAAACGCAAAUCCUGGACGUUUAACGGCUACCACGGGGCUCAAGAAACGGGCGCUGAAGCAAAUCCCCGUGGGAUUGUACGGAUCAGGGAUCAUUAACAUGAAAGCUACGGAGUGUUUGAUCUGUCUCGGGGAUUUCGUGGAAGGAGAGAAAGUUAGGGUUUUGCCAAAAUGUAACCAUGGCUUUCACGUGAGGUGCAUCGACACUUGGUUGCUUUCACGUGACUCUUGUCCCACUUGCAGACAAUCUCUUAUCCUUGAGCAACCGUCGCCGAUGGGUGGUAGUUCUCGCCGGGAUGAUGACGUGGCAGUUUCUGUCGUAGGGACAUAACUUGAUGGUUAUUUCUAAACUUUGCUGUGUUCUCUCAGUUGGGAUUGGUUGGUUACGGAAUAUUGUUUCUUACUGUAUUUUACUAGGUCUAAGUUGAUGUGAUUGUUUACACAUGUAUAUUCUUGUGCGUUGAUGAUUUUUAUUUGAUUGGUUUGGAACUUGAAUUUUUUUUUUUUUUUGAAAGCUGGUAUAUUGGGAACUUGAAUUGUAAUUUGUAACAGAGAAUGUCUUUUUGUUUUCCUUUAAUAGUUCCAUAAUUAUAAGACA